AAAAAGGAAGCACGGAACCGAGAGAGGGGAAGAACCGAGAGAGGGGAAGAAGAAGGGUCAUGGCUACAUGCAGUCAAGGAAGUACCUCUAAUAUCACACUGUUCAAUUUUCAUCCGGAGUUCAAAAAGCUCAGGUGCACUGCAUUGUUUACUCCUCGUAGGACAAAAAGUGGCAGAUUAGAAGCACUGAAUGGCUCUAAAGGAACUCAGAUAUGGCAGGAACCAGUGCAUGCUGCAGGAUUUGAUAAGCAGGCUCAGAGACUCACAAACUCAUUGGCUGCAAGAUGUUGCUUAUCUUCUGGAAUAGCAGAGAACGAUUCAGAUGCCAUCAUGCUCGAAGAAAAUAAAUCUAAAGUAGACCAAAUUAUCCCAGUUUCACUAGAAGUGGAGCCUUUGCUCACAGCCAUCUGUGAUACAUCUUCUAUCUCAGAGUUUAAACUGGAUCUUGCAGGCUUUCAUCUCUAUGUCAAAAGGGACUUGGUUGAGGAAAAUGUACCCCCACCUGUUCCAAUUCUCCCUCCAGCCCAAACCAAUACUACAAACCAAACUGCUGAUUCAAAUGGGUCUGCUGCUACAGCUUCCCUAGCCAUCUCCAAACCAAAACCAUCUACAGGUGGCAUCCAGAGAACAGCUUCAGAUGAGGGAUUAGUGAUGCUUCCAUCACCAAAUGUUGGGUUCUUUAGGACAUCCCGCACCAUCAAAGGAAAGCGAGCACCUCCAUUAUGUAAAGAGAAGCAAGAAGUCAAGGAAGGCCAGAUUCUCUGUUGCAUCGAACAGCUUGGUGGAGAGAUUCCUGUAGAGUCUGAUGUUUCCGGAGAGAUAGUAAAGAUACUAAGGAAAGAUGGUGAACCAGUAGGAUAUGGUGAUGCUCUUAUUGCAAUUCUCCCUUCAUUUCCUGGGAUUAAGAAACUUCAGUAGGCAGGUUGUUUCCAUAAUUUACUAAGGUUAUUGACCGGAUUAGGGUCUCGGCAGGAGUUUUUGGUAGCAUAGCUUAUAAAUACAUAUACUGUCAUUGAGCCUCGUGGCUGGUCGAAAUGGGCUGUGUUAUUUGACGUUUCUUCAGAGAUGGUCUCAAAUAUGGUAUGGACUUUGGAUGCCGGAAAUUUUCACAUGAUGCUUGGAUAAUUUCAAUCUGUGGUCAGCAAUGCUAUAUCAUACAUACCUAAUCACCAUUCGACUAAUUGCCAUCUAAAGUUUUGCUUGAAGCACCAACCAGGAAGCAAGUGGUGGCUUAACUGUAAUUGUUGGAGGCAGCUUUGUCUUUAAAUCUGGUCUGAGUUCCGAUGACAAUGUUAAUGAACAUAUUUUUCCGAUAUUUAUCAUCCCAGCUGUUAUAGUGUU